AUGGACCCGCCGCCCAAGAGCCCCGCGUCGGCGCAGAGGGAUGCCUCGCCGAGCCCCCCGGUGCCGAACCGGAUCCGGCGCAACACAGCCUGUACGAGCUGUCGCGACUCCAAGCUCGAGAAGGAGGUCCAGACCAUCAAGAAUGCCGUCAACCCGAGCCCAGUCUCUGUCGCCGCUGCCCUCCCGUUUCCGAGCCCGAACACGGCGUACCCGGCCGUCGGCGUCUUCUCAGAUCACGGCCGCCCGCCCCCGUCCGCGUCGCGCGUGAGCCUGCCGGCCCUGUCUCCCGUCCCGCGGCCCCAUCCCGAGCAGGUCCCGACCCCGACGCUGACGUCGCACACAACCCCAACGGCGCCCGCGAGGCAGCCCGCACAGCCGCGCGCGCUGGGGUCCAAGGUAUUGCCAGGCGAAGACAUUGAUUUCUACUUUGAUCACUACUUUGAGCACUUCCACCCCUACUUCCCCAUCGUCCGCUUCCAGGAUCCGGACAGGCUGUACAGACAGUGCCCAGUCCUCUUCUGGACUAUCAUCGCCGUGUCAUCGCGCCGGUACACGCGGGACGCGGGCCUUUUCCCCUUCCUCGUAGAGAACCUGCCCCGCGAGGUCUGGGCUGCCGUGUCGGCGCCGCCCAUCAGCAUGUCAACCAUCAACGCGCUGCUGGUGCUGUGCGCGUGGCCGCUACCGACGAUCCGCUUCCUCAACGACCCGAGCUCGUCCUACGUUGCCAUCGCGCAGAACGCCGCCCUAGGCCUGGGCUUGCACACUGGCCGCAACCACCCCGAGUUCUGCAUCGGGAUGCAUCGGCAGACGGACAUCACAGACGAGGAGGCGUGCUUCGCGUGGAUGGGGUACAACAUCCAGGCACAGAGGGUCGCGUCGAGCAACGGGUUCCCGCCGCCGGCCGGGUUCUUCAACGAAGCCGUCAACAGGGCCGCCGGCGGGCGGUCGCUCCCCGACGCCUUGGGGUAUUUUGGCCUCUUGUACGAGAUGCAAAAAUUUUCCAACCGGGUGAGCCGGACCGUCUCCGCUGUUACGGAGGAAGGCGAGGGCGUGCCCGACACCGUGAUCCAGCUGCUAGAGGACGAGAUGAACAAGCUGAGACAGCUGCAGUCUCGACACAACUCGGACCUCGACCUCUUCACCAUCCUUGCGGUCCAGUUUGAGCUGCAGUCGUACCACUUCGUCCCCCUCGCGUCCGUCGACAAGUCGACCUUCCGGCAUAACGUCAACCGCGCCUACAGCACGGCGCAGGCCCUGAUCAACCUGAGCCUGCGCCUCGAGGCGUCGCGCCGCUUCCUCUCGCACGCGCCUUACCACGUCUUCCGCACCAUCCUCGACGCCGCUGCCGUCGUCUUCGACGUGCUGUUCUCGGGCCACGCCACCGACGUCGAGCUGGCCAACGCCGAGGUGUCGAUCCGGAACUCUCAGGAGGCCCUACGCCGGUGCUCCGUGCAGGAGGGCGACUUCCCCAUGCGCGCGCUGCGCAUGUCAGAGAGCUACUGGAGCCUGCGGCACAUGAUGCCCGCGCUCGAGGCGCCCAUCUCGCAGUACCCGCACCGCACCGGCGCCGUUAUCGCGUUUGGGACGCUCAGGAGGUGGAAGAAGGAGCUGGAUCAGGCGAGGGUCGAAUACGGCGGCGGCGGCAGUGGUGGCGGCGGUGGUGGCCAGGGGACGACGACGGGUAUAGGGGGCGUGGGAGCGGGAGCGGUGGCGGGAGGGACGCCGGCUGCGUCGAUGCGUGAGUGCAGGGCGCGCGGGUCCGGUGUGAGCGUUGCUGACCUUGUGGUAGCGGCGGCGGGGGCCGCGGACGCGGGCAGCGCGGUGCCGACGAGCGAUCUGUUGCAGGACAUCGACUGGUCGAUGCUGAUGGACGACUUUGACUGGACGGCUGGCGGCGGAGGGGAGCCGAAUUUCCUUGGGCUUUCGUAG